CAGGUCUCGGGCCCUCAGGCGGAGCGGCGGGCACCGGACCCCCAGGGCGGAGCGGCGGGCACCGAGUCCACCAGGCACGACAGUGGGCUCCGAGUCAACUGGUAUGACCGCAGGCACUGGUUCAGACAUUGUUGGGUAUGGUCUGGCUGGACAGCGGGCAUCGGGUCACCAGGCAUCAGGUCAUUUGGCUCGACAGCGGGCACCGCGUCAUCUGGCAAGGCAGUGGGCUCCGAGUCAACUGGUAUGACCGCGGGCACUGGGUCAGACAUUGGAUCGUCUGACCGGACAGCGGGCAUCGGGUCACCAGGCAUCAGGUCAUUUGGCUCGACCGCGGGCACCGCGUCAUCUGGCAAGGCAGUGGGCUCCGAGUCAACUGGUAUGACCGCAGGCACU